AUGACAAAUCUCACUCCAGAAUUAGCAGAAGCUCUUUAUCAAUUUGGCUUUCUCGACAUAGAUUCACGUGAUCAUGAAGGCCGCUUGCCCAUAUUGGCACAAACAAAGUUUGAGACGUAUGAAGCUUUUGAUCUGCCACGUUGGCUUAUCACGGAAGGAGUUGAUCUCAUAGGAACACUGGACAAGGAGAACAUGAUUACAACUUUACAUGAGGAGGAAACGAAGAAGCCUCCUGAGAAUAUUGACCUGAUGGAUAUGGAAUUUCCGCAAACUGUUCCAUUAGACCUUUUAGACGUUGAUGUCAUCGAUUCUUUUGUGGAGUUCAAAACUGGGAACCCCGAUCACCUUUGUGGAAACCGGGAGGUAUUAGACUACGUCCCGUGGGUAACGUGGUGGGGCGAGGCAAUGUCCAUAACAUUAUUCGACAAUGUACUUUUCUAUAAGCUGGGACUUACGCAUAUGUGUAACUGUAGUCAGAGAAUUUGUCCACCUGCCAACUCGUUUACGAAAGAUGAAGUAUACAAUAUCAUGGAAGAAGAGCAAGGCAUGAUAGAGCAGCUUGAAAGCCUCACAGCUGAGUUUGAAAAGAAUUUUGCAAAGUCUGGGAAGCCACUACAUGCGUUUUUGAAAGACGAUUGGAAAUCGAGGAUGGAGGAGAUCAUGUCCGAGAGUACCUUAAACGAAGAGUAUGUGAAAGGAGUUCGAGAAAUUGGUGUGAUCAUGCGAUGA